GAGGGUCAGGCGCACAACAAUAUUAAAAAUUGUAAAUAUUACAAUUAAAUAUGUGAACUGUGAAUAAUAAAAGAUACUGGUGUGAAUAAUUGGAGCUCUCUGCCCACCGCGUGUGACAUUGUAUGUGUGGCUGCAACGGCAAGCAUUUCGCCCUCGUUUCUUACACUCACUAGAAAUUCUUCUUCUUUCUUCAUAGUUCCACCAAGUGAAUUAAACUUUUAUUUUUAAAUUGUGAAUAAAAUAUAAAUAGAAUACCAUUUAAGGUCCCAAAGCAACAUCAAGAAAUGGCCAAUUUGAUGCAGAGAAGUCUGCCCCUGACUACUACACGCAGUCCGGUGCUGCAGUUCCUCCGUUUUCGUGGAAAAAUCAACAUACAGCGUCCGAAGGAGCCGCAUUAUGAGCGUGCUCGUGUUGUUGCCGUCACACAGCCCAAAUACCCGGAGCUGCCAAAGGCACGCUCGUGCUUCCAGACCCGCGCAGAACGCACCAAGGAACAGCUGGAGAAUCCCUACAACGAGAUCAUUGCCCGGGAAGUGCGAAACUGGCUGAAUCACUCGCAGCUGGUGGCCGUCUUUCACCUGAACUCCAUCACCUCCGACGAGAUCUUUCGGGUGCGCGUCCAGCUGCAUAAACAGAACCUGCAUUUGAAGUCGUACGGCCGCAAGAUCAUAGACCAGGCCGUGACCGGCACGCCGUAUGAGGCCAUCAUGCCGCUCUUUCACUCCAACCACUGCAUUGUGUUCUCCCCAAAUCAGGAGCAGAUUGCCCCACUGCUGAAGAUCACACGCAGAGUGCCGCAGAUGGUGCUGCUGGGCGGCAUUGUGGAGAAGACACUGCUCAGCCGAAACGAGCUGAUGGCCUAUGCGCAAAUGCCGAGUCUGCAGGGGGCCCAGGCCCAGCUCGUCCAAACCCUGAACCUGGCAGCUGGCCAACUAGUCCAGCAUCUGCAGACGCAUCAGGGCAAUCUAGUGCAGGUCCUGGACGUGCACGCCAAGGGCAAUACCACCACAGAGACGGCGGACGAGUCAUAAUAUUUGUAAUAACAAUUGUUAAAUAACAAGAAAAGCGAAAAGUGAUUAAUUUGUCUUUCAUACUAAACUAGCUAACUAGCUAAAAAUGUUAA